AUGGCAUCCCGACAAAGUACAUUUGAUUCAUUCGCACAACCUAUAACUGUCAUCGAACAUUCUGGUGACGAACUUCAAUCAACAAAACGCACACGUCUCGAUAUCGGAAAGGAUUUGAUCUUUCCCUCACAUAAGCCGAUAACCGAAAAGCCAAUUGGUGAACCACACAAUGAAACAAAGAUACCUAUCAAAAAAUUAGUAAUUAGGACUUUAAAAGAUAAACCAAAAUUACCUGAUAAUUUUGAAGAAGUUACAUGGGCAAAGCUCCAAGCAGCUAUUCGUGCAAUUCAUAAUUAUCAACCUGUUAAUGAUAGUCUUGAGGAACUCUAUAAAGCAUGUGAAAACCUUUGCUUGCACAAAAUGGCCGACAGGCUUUAUUCAAGGCUUCAAGAAGAAUGCGAGUCACAUCUUUUAAAAGAAAAAGAAAAACUUGAUUGUGAUAACUCUGAUGAUGAGGCUUUCCUUCAAGUAGUUGAUCAAUGUUGGCAAGCUCAUUGUAAACAAAUGGGCUUAAUUAGAAACAUAUUUUUAUACCUCGAUCGUACUUAUGUACUUCAAACUCCUGGAAUUUCUUCGAUAUGUGAUGUACGGCAAAAGACUUUGAAUGGAUUACUUUCUCUGAUUAAACGUGAUAGGGAUGGCGAUGAAGUUAAUAAUAGCCUAUUGCAUUCCUUAAUACACAUGUAUAUUGACCUUUCCGUCUAUUAUAAUCGGUUUGAAACUCCAUUUUUGCAAGAAACUCGUAAUUAUUAUUAUCAAGAAGGACAUCGACUUGUGACUGAGUACGCUGUGCCAAGGUAUCUUGGGCAUGUCAAGUCGCGAUUGUAUAUGGAAGGGGAGCGAGUCAACAAUUAUUUAGACAAAAAAACAAGAGGUCCUUUGACGAAAGUUGUUUAUGAUGAAUUGAUCAAGAAACAUGUUGAAACUAUUCUGGAGAAAGGUAAAAUAAUUAUUAAAACUGGCACAGCUCUUGUUAACGAUCCAAGUCAAGAGCCGGCCAUGGUCACCGAACUUCUUUAUCUUAAGGCUAAAAUGGAUGAAAUUGUUUCAGGAGCUUUUCAAGGAGACAAUGCUUUCAACUACAUGGUAAAAGAAAGCUUUGAAAUGUUCAUUAAUCAACGUCAGAAUAAACCUGCAGAGCUGAUAGCGAAAUACGUGGACCAGACAUUGCGACUUGGAAACAAGAGUAUGGAUGAUACUGACAUUGAAAAAACGUUGAAUGAAGUGUUGGUUCUGUUCAGAUAUAUUCAAGGCAAAGAUAUAUUUGAAGCCUUUUAUAAACGCGAUCUUGCUAAACGUCUUUUACUAAACAAGAGUGCAUCAUUCGAUUAUGAGAAGAGCAUGUUAUCAAAAUUAAGGAAAGGUGAUCAUUUUAUGUCAUUAGUAUUAAUUAUCAUUUACGACAACUUAAUAGAGUGCGGUCCGGCCUUCACGAGUAAGCUAGAAGGAAUGUUCAAGGACAUUGACUUGUCAAAAGAUUUUAUGCAGUCUUUUGAAACUUCCAAGUCUGGAGAACUAAUUAAGGAAUACAAAAUCGAUUUAUACGUUAAUGUUUUGACACAGGGAUUCUGGCCUUCAUAUCCUCCAUCACCACUCAACAUACCACCAAAUGUGGUACAAUGUCAGAAGAUUUUCAGGGAUUUUUAUCUUAGCAAGCAUAAUGGAAGAAAUUUAAAGUGGCAAAAUUCAUUAGGCCAUUGUAUGUUGGCAGCAGAAUUUCCGAAAGGAAAUAAGGAAUUGGUAGUCAGCUUAUCUCAAGGAGUGGUUUUACUACUAUUUAAUGAUUUGCCACCAGGUGGAAGGCGGACUUACGAUGAAAUAAAAGAAAUGUCUGGAAUGGAACCCAAAGAGUUAAAUCGUACGCUACAAUCCUUGGCUUGUGGUAAAGUCAGAGUUCUUGUAAAGUAUCCGAAAGGACGUGAUAUUUCCAUGACAGAUGAAUUUUCAGUUAAUGAAGAGUUUGAGGCCAAAAUUUUCCGCAUAAAAAUUAAUACUAUACAGUUGAAAGAAACAAAAGAGGAACACGAAAUGACCACAGAGAGUGUUUUCAUGGAUCGUCAGCACCAAAUAGAUGCUGGAUUGGUUCGUAUAGCGAAGAUGCGUAAGACUCUUUCUCAUAAUGAAUUAAUCACAGAGCUUUUGGGGAUACUGAAAUUUAAACCUCCGAUGUCAGACAUUAAAAAACGCAUUGAAUCAUUGAUAGACCGUGAAUAUUUAGAGAGAGAUAAGAGUGAUUCCACAAAAUACAAGUACUUAGCUUAA